GGCACAGAGAGGCUCUAUAGUCUCUACAGUCUAUACGAAGACUAUCCAGCAUAUAAAGCAGCCUGCAACAGCGCAUUCCCGUACAGUUGCCAAUACAAAGCAGAAAGCGGCCGUGAUCGUGCUCGUCUUGACGUACGCGAGACUAAAUAACCUAAAAUACCAACAGCUUAAAGUAUAAAGAGAGAACUAUUAUUGAAAGUGCAUAAAAAGACAGUCGAAGGGAAAAAGAGAGGUGAAGGAAGGAGAGCCGUAACAUCUCGAAGAAUUUGAGGAGAGAAAAUAAUAACGAUAACGAAAAUAAUUAAUAAGCAUUUACGAAAUGACUUAUACGUUUUGUUUUAGCGACGAGCCUCAGCAGCACGUGUGAAUUGGAUCUGAGGAAAAAACGUAUCGUAAACUUUGUUACGUCAUCGGGACAAAAAAUUUCAAUCGAAACUCUACGCAGUUAUAAUCGUCAUACUUGACAGUGCCUUGAUCGCGUUACGAUGUUUGACACUUUGGGGAUGCUGAGGAUAGGCCUGUUGCUGCUAGGCAGCAUUGCAGCGAUGUCUUCGGCUCAGUGCUUAACCGGCAAUGAUCAACCGGAAACGAUGAAUCAAAAUGCCCACAAGGACAUAACGACUGCCCGAUUCAAAUUCGCUAUGGAUACGUUAUCGAAGACCGCUCAAAUUGAGAGCCAAGAUAAUAUCUUCUACAGUCCACACAGUUUGCACCAGGCGCUGUCACUGGCUUACUUUGGGUCACGUGGCACGACUGAGAGCUCGCUGAAAGCAGCACUGCACAUACCGGACACUGUCUCGAAAGUUGAUCUUCAGAGAUACUACAUCUAUGAAAAUUCCAUGAAGAUCCUUAGAGAGGCAAACUCGUCGAGCAGCUACGAGUACAAUAUUGCCAAUCGUAUAUGGAUAACAAACGCGCGAAAGGUCCGAACUUGCAUGCUAGACCUCUUCAGCAACGAACUGGAACAAGCUGAUUUCCGUGCGAACCCGGAAGCGGUACGUAGCCGCGUGAACGACUGGGUGAGCAACACAACAAAAGGACACAUCCGUGACCUCAUCCCGGCCGGUGGUAUCACCGAAGACUCUGACCUUGUUCUGGCCAACGCCGUAUAUUUCAAAGGUCUUUGGCACAGCAGAUUUGACCCUGCUAAUUCAAAGAAGGAUAUAUUUUAUGCUAGUGGCUCUAGAAGCACGUUCGUGACAUUUAUGCGUCAAAAGGGAAGCUUCAAUCAUGUUGUAUCCGAGGUUCUUGGAGCUCAUGUACUUCAGCUUCCAUACAAGGGCGAUGAUGUCUCCAUGUACAUCUUCUUGCCGCCGUUCGCAACCGCCAGGUCACUUUCCGACAAUCAGACUCCUAAUUCUCAGGCCGCUGAUCAGGCACGGGACGGAGUACGGCAAUUGAUCGAGAGGAUCACUACCACUAAGAAAGGAUCCGACGAGUUUUGGGAAUUGCUCGACGAUGGUAUGCCACCCAGAGAGGUCGAGGUAUCCUUACCCCGUUUCACAGUGGAACGAGAUCUGCCUGUGGGACAGCUUCUUCAUGCGUUGGGAGCUGGUGAAAUACUGAUGCCGGGUGUCUCCAAUCUUCGUGGCUUCCUUCAGGACGGCGAAGAGAAUCUUCAUCUGGGGGAUGCCGUUCACAGAGCUCGUGUCGAGGUCACUGAGGAGGGCACCACUGCUGCAGCUGCGACGGCCAUCUUCACAUUCAGAUCUAGCAGACCUGCCGAACCUGCUGUAUUCAACGCUAAUCAUCCGUUCCUCUACUUCAUCUACGACAGACCCACCAAGACCAUUCUCUUCUCUGGUGUCUAUCGUGUACCGUCGACAACUUCAAGUGAUUCCCCAGUAUCUACUACUGCACCAGCUUAACUCAUGCGUAUAUAAGUUUCUUUCUUUCAUUUUUUUUCUCUUUUUUUUUUUGUACUUUUCAUCGAGAUACACUGACCUCAUUACGGUGCUUACGAACAAAUGGAAACGUGCGGUGGUCAUAAUGAAGGAUCACGGGAAAAUUUGUGGCGCCACUGUCGCAUCGGUACUAAUCCGUAAGGAGCAAUAAUAACGUUCGGACUGAAGUACAGAAAUAGUUGGGAUCUGACAAUGGGAUCUAAUCAAAAUUUGUAUGUUAGAACGCUUGUUUUUUUUAUUUAUGUUUACAUGGGAACAAAGGCCGUUUCAUUGGCCAAUGACAAUAAUCCCUGUAAGACUUGAGCAUUUAGGAAAAGCUACUUGUUUCGCGCCGUAUUUCGCGCGACACCUCAGUAUGUUAUAUAUGUUACUUAUGAAGUUAUUAAUUUAUUGACUACUCCAGGGCUGUUGGAUUUCGAGGAUAGAUACUGAUUAUUCCUAUUCGCAGAGACUGCGCUUAGGGGUUCUCGUACAACGAUCGUUACUUGAUACGUGCGUGUCGUUUGAAAUCAUUCUGAGAUAUUUGAAUCCUCUGUCGAUAUUCGACAAUCACCCAUUAUGAUUUUAACAGUUAUUAUAAGACAUACAUACUAUUAUUUAUAGUAAUUCGUUUUAAACACUUCGUAUCUGUGUUGCAUUUUUUAUUUAAAUUUAGAAUGCGUUUAAAUGUUGCAAAAUUGCGCAAUUAUGUAUCAUGCAGUGUCUUUAUGCAUAUUUGGGGUUUACGAUACGAAGAUACUUUUAUUUUGUAUUAACGUACGAAAUAAAGACGUUUAUUUUAGGAAA